CAUGAGCGGUGGCGCAUAACGCGGCGGAAACCGAGGUGUUAGCCUAUUUGGCGACUCCGCGGAGUGGAUGGAAAUGUCGGGAAAUGGUCCCUUCCUGUAUUUGUACACCUCACCUUAACGGUGUGCGUCUUUGCGUGAGACAGAGCAGGGAGGAGAGAGUUUAGGGCGGGUGUCGCUUCUCCCACCGGACUAGAGCUGCAGCAGCAGGCUGGGUUCGGAGGGUCGAGAAGAGUACAGGAAGAGACAGAGGGGCGACCGGGACCCGACAGAAAGAGGGUGGGACGUUUAAUGAAGUGUGUUCUUGCAGAUAACUCUCUCUCUCUCACCAUGUGGGGAAAUACUGAGAUUGCAUUCAAUUAAACCAGGAUAAGAGAGAGAGGUAGCAGAAAACAGAGGCACCGGCGGCAAGAUCUUCUUCCAUCAUUUGGAUUAGACAUAAUUCCUCUUCCUGCUCUACACAGUUGUUUGCUGAAAAGAACUGUCAAAGCACAAAAGGAAAAGAAUCAGCAUCUUCCCACUCCUGUUGAAAUACUUCCCUUUGACUCUGACCCUUGACCUUUAGCCCUCAGUAUGAGUGGCCUGGUAGGAAAGCUGGACCCCCGCAGGAUACAGUGGGGCUCAACAUGGAACACUUUUGCGUCCCGUGUCCUGAGGACCAAACCUGUGGAGUCCAUGUUGGAUUCAGCCAUGACAGGAACCGGCUCCCACGGGACCAGACUGGCCCGGGUGUUAUCUACGGUGGACCUGGUGUCGCUGGGUGUGGGCAGCUGUGUCGGGACGGGGAUGUAUGUGGUCUCCGGGCUUGUUGCCAAGGAGAUGGCUGGUCCGGGGGUCAUUGUGUCCUUCAUUAUCGCCGCUGUGGCCUCCAUACUGUCAGGAGUGUGUUAUGCAGAGUUUGGCGUACGUGUGCCUAAGACCACAGGUUCAGCCUACACAUACAGCUAUGUGACCGUGGGCGAGUGCGUGGCAUUUUUCAUCGGCUGGAACUUAAUUCUGGAGUAUCUGAUUGGCACGGCGGCGGGGGCGUCGGCUCUCAGCAGCAUGGCAGACUCGCUGGCCAAUCACAGCAUCAGCAACUUCAUGAUUACACACAUUGGGACGCUCAAUGGCUUGGGUAAAGGGGAGCAGUCAUACCCAGACCUGCUGGCGCUGCUGAUAGCACUGCUGGUGACGGUGAUAGUGGCUCUGGGAGUGAAGAAUUCUGUGGGCUUCAACAACGUGCUCAACGUCAUCAACCUCAUAGUGUGGGUGUUCAUGAUGAUCGCCGGGCUGUUCUUCGUCAACGGAGAGAACUGGGACGAGGGGAGAUUCCUGCCCUUUGGCUGGUCGGGGGUGAUGCAGGGAGCCGCCACCUGCUUCUAUGCCUUCAUCGGGUUCGACAUCAUCGCCACAACAGGAGAGGAAGCCAAGAGCCCAAACACCUCCAUCCCCUAUGCCAUCACUGCCUCACUCAUCACCUGCCUCACUGCCUAUGUCUCUGUUUCUGUGAUCCUGACUCUGAUGGUACCAUACAAUGAGAUCGACGCAGACGCCCCGCUCAUGGAGAUGUUCGCUGUGCACGGCUGCAUGUUUGCAAAGUAUAUUGUUGCCGUUGGCUCCAUAGCCGGACUCACCGUCUCCUUGCUGGGGUCCCUGUUCCCCAUGCCCAGGGUCAUCUACGCCAUGGCAGGGGAUGGCCUGCUGUUUAAGUUCCUGGCAAAUGUCUCUUCCUACACAGAGACCCCUGCUGUUGCCUGUGUGGUGUCAGGCUUUUUAGCAGCCCUGCUGUCUCUCCUGGUGAGCCUCAGAGACCUCAUAGAGAUGAUGUCCAUAGGAACCCUGCUGGCCUACACCCUGGUGAGCCUCUGUGUACUACUGCUACGUUACCAACCUGAGGGCGAUAUCCACGGCUUUGUGAACUUCCUCUCUGAAGAGCAGAACAACAAGAGGAAGGAAGGCGUUCUGGCCGAGUGUGAGAAGGACGCCUGCUCGCCAACCAGCGAGGCCGAUGAGUACGGAGGUCCACCCACCAACACCUGUGGAGCCAAAAACCUGCCAUCACUGGGUGACAACGAGAUGCUGAUAGGCAAACCAGACAAAACCGCCUACACUGCCAGCCACCCAAACUACGGCACGGUGGAUAUGACCACUGGCAUCGAGGCAGAGGAGUCAGAGAGCGGGCUGUCCCGCCGUUUGAAGAAGCUGAUUGGACCACGCUACUACACCUUGAGGAUCCGACUGGGCCUCCCGGGGAAGAUGGACAGGCCGACUCCAGCCACGGGCAAAACUGUCACUGUGUGUGUGCUGCUGCUCUUCAUCUCCAUCUUCGCUUUUUGCUCCUUCAUCAUUUUUGGAGCGAGCAGUAUCGGGGAGGGUCGCUGGUGGGCUUUGCUGCUAUUGAUCUUCUUCAUCAUAUUCAUUGCCCUCCUCGUCAUCAUCAUCCUCCAGCAACCUGAGAACCCCAAGCGACUGCCCUACAUGGCGCCCUGCGUGCCCUUUGUCCCUGCUUCAGCCAUGCUGGUCAACAUUUACCUCAUGCUUAAACUGUCCGCCAUCACCUGGAUACGAUUUUCAAUCUGGUGCUUCGUUGGCGUGCUCAUCUACUUCGGCUAUGGCAUGUGGAAUAGCACCCUGGAGAUCACGGCCAGGGAGAACGAGGUGCACGCCUCCACCUACCAGCGCUACGAUCAGGGUGUGGACGAAGGCUUCUGUGGCUUCGAUGAUGAUUUCUACCCACCCACCACUGACCCCUGGGGUGCGCCUGAGGGGGGAUCGGGGCUCACUCCACCCGCUCAGGCAAAACCUGAAAGCGAGGGGAUCUCAUCUAAAGGUGGAGGCAGGACCGUUGCCAAUCACGGCCUCGCCGAGGAGGACCCGAUGGAUUUCUGAAGGGACUGACUCUGUGUUACCCUGAAUGUACUGCCUUGUCUGCUGCCUGGGGGAAGGGAGGGGAACAGUAGUGUGAGUGCACGAGUGAUUGUUUGUGUGUGUGUGUUUAUGAGUGUGCAUGCUUGCAUGUGUGUGUGUGUGUGUGUGUGUAUUUGUUUGUGUGUCUAACCCUUGGGCUAGAUUGUUUCUUGGCAGUGGAAUGGCUUUUCUUUCACCAUGCUUGACUCCCCUGCUCACACAGCAAAUGUGGACGUCAAGGUCAUGAGUGUCUUAUCACAGUCACUUGUUAUUCACUUUCCAGAGUCCACAUCCCACACGAAGAAACGCCAGACAGAGAAGUACGUACAUGACAAGCGAUAGAAUACAAUGUGGUUCACUGCACCGUAAAACCAAUGCGACAUUGUGUAUUGAGCAAUCAGUCAAAUGUUAAUGUCUAAUCACGGGAUACAGGAGAGACGAAGGUGAUGAGCGAGCGACAGAUGAAUCAGCACCUCUCUUCCUGUUUCAACAUACACAGGCAGGAAAUUUAGAUGACAGCAUGCCAAGCCCGAGUGAUUUCCUACGUCUAGGUCCGACUGUUUCUGCUUGUUUCAUUUCCAGCUGACAGGAAAAUGGCCACACAUGCUCUCAAACAUACAAAAAGCUUUCUUAAAACCACUGAAAAACCACAUUCGGGGUAUCUUUAAAUAUUUCCCCUGACCCCUAACAUCUAGCCCAAGGGACAUGCGGAGUGGAUUGGGAAAAAGGGUGUUGAUGUUUUCUGUCACAAAUAGUACUUGGACUUUGCUUGCAAUAGUGCCUUCAUCUACUGUAGGUGUAUGUGAGUUUCUGAUUAUGUCUGUUUUCUACUUUAUUUUUGCCUGUGUACGCGUGAGGGUGUAUGUGCAAUCAAACUCCACCUUUUACAUUGAUUUUCCAUGUCUGUGUGUGUCGAUAUAAAGUGUGUUCUUCAGAUUGUUUUACCGUGUAUGUGUAGGUAUUUGUUUCGUUUUGUUCUUUCCACUCUCCGCCCCAAGCAUGAAGCUCAGCGUCAAUCCACCCGCAACAAAGCAGCUCAUGGUGCAAUAGAGCACAUGCCUGUCAGCUCAUCAGUGUACCUACAAAAAAAAAAAAAGAAAAAGAGGGAGAAGAGGCUGUGACAGAGAGAAAACAGGUUGAAUCCUAAUUGACAACCUGCAUGGUUUGAUGAAUGUCAUAUUUUCUGUGUGCUCGUCUCUGUUUACCAGAGAUGGGAAGGAAUUAAUUUUCAGUUCAUACAGUUCGGAAAACGAAUUUUCUUCAUAGUUUGUGUCUUUUCCCCUGCAGAAGAAAACAAAAAUUAAGGACUGUAUAAAAAUUAUUAGAGAAGGAUUUGGGGUCAGAAAAUGAUUUUGUCUUUUCGCUGAAGGGAGGGUAGAGUAACUUGUUGGGGGACAGUCUGUUGAGGAUAUUUUCAUUUUAUUUCACCCUACAUUUAAAUUUUAUCUAAUUUUUUUCAUUGUAUAUUAAUUGUUAAAAAAAAAGAAACUUUUAUAUUAUUUUGAUAUAUUAUGGGGAUGAGGAAAUUUCAGUUCUUUUGUGAGUCAAAAGGAAGGGCCAAAGAAAAUAUUCAUUAUGCAGUAGAGGGAAUUUGAAACAUACACUUCAACCGCCCUCCCCGCACUAAUCAUUUUCAUACAGUCCUUAACUGAAUAGGAAUGUAUUAUAAAUAUAUUGGAAUUUUACUUUCACAUUGAGUGAACUGAAAUUUAAUUCCAUCUCUCUCCCUUUCUCCCCCCCUUCUGAUUUUUUGCUUCUUUCCCACUUUCUUGUCAACUUUUCUUUUUUUUUUAUCCACUACUUCCACCACUCCUUUGCUCUUCCAGCCCAACUCUUCCUUCAUCUAUCUGCCACCUCACCCUCCUCUUGAUAUCCAUCGGGCCAUGUCAGCAGUGAGUUACCACUGUAAGUCACAAGUGAUAUAGCCAUGAUUGGUUCGAAGCAACAAUCUCCUUGUGGCCUGUCGAUCCAUUAGCUCCUGUUGCACCUCAGGGCAUCUGCUAUUACUUUGUCAUCAGAGCUUUUCCACCUCGCCCUCUGGUUCUGCUCUAACCCAGGCCCAAACUGAUCUGAGUGAACCUCCUUGUUGCCCCUACCUCUUCAGUUUUUAUGCAUGCAUGUAGUUAGUGUUGAAGUCCUAUUUUUACAUGUUACCUACACUGUCGCUGCAGCCCCCGAGGUAUCGUGAAAGUCAAUCAAAUCAAAUCAUGGUCCUGUAUUGUUCAUUGUGUAGGACAUGUAAGCUAAUGCUGCCAAGGUUCGAGGGUUUGAUUCCAUAGUUAGAAUGUAUACCUACAUGGCACUGUAAGGGAUUGUGGCACACACCAAAUAGCAUCCUGUGAAGAUUAAAUUGAGGGUGGGGGCACGUCUACAAUAGCUGCUGCUGUCUGCCCUGAUUGUCGUCCCUGUACUUUUUCCUUGUGCCCCCUGUUGCUGCAUCUGUCCCUUCCAGGGAAGCCUUACUUGUCUAAUGCACUAAAUCAAAGGAUGCCACGCUAAACCCCCCCACACACCUCUGCUCCUCUCUCACAUUCAAUCAUCCAUACUCAACAAAAGGUUCCUUCACGUAGGAAUAGGUGAAAGUUGGUGUUGUCCGGUGAAAUAUUUGUGGUACCCAUUCCAAAAAAAAAACAACCCAGUAUCCCGAGGGAUUACGCUCAUAUUGGAUGAUUCUGCAGCUUGUGCAGGGAGUAUUGUGACCUUUCUGGAACAUACUGGAUAUUUGGGUGGUAUUGUGGCCUAGAGGGAUUUUACAUUCUUCCAGUUAAUGUUGCACAAGCUGAUUACAGUAUUUUUAAAAUCAAUAUAUCUAAACUACACCACCUUUGGGCCAACAAAAAUGACCUAAUUUGACAUCUCCCUACCACAAACUGUUCCCUUGAAAGUGUGGAGAAAGUUUUGGUCAUAAGGAAAUAAAAAUUCACAGAAAUUGCAAUAUUGCAGGGAUUUGAAUUCACAAUGUCAAAAGUUGUUAAAAUCCUCAUUACAGCCUAGAGUCAGUCACAACAGUCAAAGUUACUGUAACCAUGAUCUUUCAGUGACCUUAAUAAGCUUUUAUAGCUGCCAAACCUUAACGAUGUAGUUUAUUUGCCGUGAUGUUUUCUCAACCUUAACCAUACUGUUGUUUUAAUGCAUGGAUAUCGUGGAAAUUGAUAUUUGAAAAAUUGUAGGGAUCAAACAUUCGAAAUGUUGAUUUGAGGUUUUGCAGAAUCCUCCAAUAUCGACUUUCCGUCUUGCGACAGGGUUUUAAAAAAAAAAAAUGAAAUAAAAUGUUUGCACAUUAUAUCUCACACACACAUCCAAAAAAUAAAUCCCACUGUCGGACUGUUCAGCCAAAAUACCUUCCCCACCCACAUCACCUCCCGACUCAGCCAAAAGCCGCUUUGCAUUCAUAGCCCAGCCAAAACUAGAAGGCGAAUUCAGGCGGUGCCAUGCCUCUGACACUGAACUGUACAGUCAACUUUCUAUAUUAUCUGCCGUGUGUGUGUGUGUGUGUGUGUGUGUAUGUGUGUGUGUAUGUGUGUGCAAAUGGGUGCAUGUACUGUAUGUAUGUGUGUGCGUGUGUGUUUGUGUGUUUGCAGUCUACGCCUGCGCCUCAAUGUGACUGUCUGGUGAAUGUGUAGCAUGCUGUCAUGCACGAGGUCCAAACUGUAAAUGUUGUACUUGCAUGUGGUGACUGAUCACAACGAGACAUAAUAGAACACAAACCAAACGCAGGCUUAGUUCUUAUACCUGGGAUUGUGGGUCUCUGAGCUGAGAUUUAACAGCUGUAUUACAACUGAAUCAGCCAAAAAAAACAAAAAAAACUUAGCAGUGAGUUGAUACUGAUACUGCUAUCAUCUCUAUUCAGAUUCAAGACCAAACCAUUCUUAUACUUUACAGCUCAAUAUUAUGUUAGAUGGGAAAUUAACUCUAUGAGCUAUAAGAAGAUUAUUCAAAAAAAAUCUUCACUUAUUCUCUCUUAUACUUUUAAGCUCAUUAAGUGAUCUCAGCCAGGUAUGGGAACCAAGGCUCCGUUAGGAACGGAGUAGAACAUGUAGCAAACACGCAAGUGUGGGAGCGACUUCUCCCACAUCUUCCCUCAACCACUUACAGUAUACCUACUUCCUGUAAAUCCCUUUUUAUCCACCACAACCUCUGCAAGCCAAAGUCCACAAUGUUUGUUUACUCUUCACGUACAGGAGACUGUAGUUUCCUCUAAAGAAACACUUAAUAUACAACAGAGCUAAAGAUUUUUCUUGCUAAUAAGCUAAUUAUAUCAGUUCAUCACUAGAAGACUGAUUUUUUUUUCCUCACAGUGCAAUGGUCAUUCUUUUUUAAAUCCUAGUUGCUAAGUAUUUCAUUGAAAGAUUGAAAGUAUUAGUCUAGACUCCAGUGACUACAUCAGAGCACUGAUGUGACAUAGUGGAAAAAGUACAACACUGAAAGGAGGGAAAAAAGAAAAAGAAAAGUAUUUUUCUACAGCUGUUUCCGAUCCACAGACCCUCCUGGGGUAGGUGUGCACAAAAGCGCUGGGUGGAGUUAGUCAGCCUUCACGUUCUGUGUUUUUGUUUAAUCACAAGGAGGCCUGGGAGAAACUGCUAAAAAUAUAUUUUUACCAACUGUAGUCUCUCGAGAAAGAUGAAUCUCAUUUAUAAACCUUGAACCUUUCCUUUGAAGGGUUUUGAAAUGGUUUGCUCCAGACGUCAAUAGGACAGUAGAAGGUUUAGGGAGUAAGAGUACUACAGGAGACAUGAAACUAUUUUAAUACAAUUCUAUAAAGGGGUAAACUACAAGCAUAAUCAAUUAUUGCCACUAUUGCUUUUAAAGUCAGCUACUAUUUGUUUAUUUUGUCUCGGAGAAGGCGUGUCAUGUUCUUCCUGUGCUCUGUGUUCGCUGUGGCCAAAGUGUCCAGUCAGUGUGUGUCGGACUUGUUGAGAUUGGCUUCUCUCGCAACAACUAGAUAUUCCUUUUCUUUUCUGUAUAUUUUGGCACAAAGCUGUAUAAUGUAGUUGUUUUUUAUGUUGAUUUUUUUUUUUAAUGGUUUCUUCCAUGUGUGUGGUUAUUUUUGCUCCUGGGUGCACUGUUUUUUGCUGAGUUGUUGAUAUUGCUUCCAUGCAACAAUGAAAGUUAUUUAUUGCAAAUACUGAAAAACAA